AUGACCCAUUUGCAAGCUGGACUUAGUCCAGAGACUAUAGAGAAAGCCCGCCUGGAACUGAACGAGAACCCAGACAUUUUACAUCAGGACAUCCAGCAAGUCAGGGACAUGAUCAUCACCAGGCCUGACAUUGGGUUUUUACGCACAGAUGAUGCCUUCAUCUUGAGAUUUCUUCGAGCCAGAAAGUUUCACCAAAUGGAGGCCUUCAGAUUGCUGGCUCAGUACUUCCAGUACCGCCAGUUAAAUCUGGAUAUGUUCAAAAACUUCAAGGCUGACGACCCAGGAAUCAAACGGGCUCUGACAGAUGGGUUCCCGGGAGUACUGGAAAAUCGCGACCACUGUGGCAGGAAGAUUCUUCUGCUCUUUGCAGCCAACUGGGAUCAGAGUAGGUAA